UGUCUAACGUUGCCACUCUUGAAUCAGUAAUGAUGAUAAUAAAUGAUAAUAAUCAUAAUUUACUCUAUUUAUUUGACAUCAACAACUUGCCGUCAAUUGUUUUUUUUAUGAUUGUGUUAAAAUUGUUCCGCAGAUAAUUUAUUGAAGAAAAUUUGUGGAGCUUUAACCACUUCCAGAAUCGCGAUUUGACAUUUGUGCGUUUUGACAUUUGAAUUGCUAAAAAGCCGAAAUCAGUUUAAAAAUGGGAGAAUCUCAAGAACAGAAACGAUGGGGCCACUUACGCAAAGUCCUGGAACGGCCUGGUCCAUUUUGCCAUCCUGAAUUCGAACCGUCACCUGAAAUCAUGGAUUUUAUUGUAACCUCUUGUAAGGUCCUUGUUGUGGGUGCUGGGGGUUUAGGCUGUGAGUUGCUAAAAAAUUUGGCAUUAAUGGGUUUCAAACAAAUCCAUGUGAUCGAUAUGGAUACCAUAGAUUUAUCAAAUUUGAACCGUCAAUUCCUGUUCAGACAAAAAGACAUAGGACAAUCAAAAGCCAAAGUAGCGGCGGCUUUCAUCAAUAAACGAAUUUCUGGAUGCCAAGUUACACCACAUUUUUGUAAAAUACAAGAUUAUGAUGAAAGCUUUUACCGGAGUUUUCAUAUAAUUGUAUGUGGGUUGGACUCGAUAGUGGCCCGAAGGUGGAUUAAUGGAAUGAUUUUGUCACUUUUGAAUUAUGAAGAUGGAAUCCUUGACAAUUCUACGAUUAUCCCCUUGGUUGAUGGAGGUACUGAAGGUUUUAAGGGCAAUGCACGUGUCAUUGUUCCAGGAAACAACGCUUGUGUUGAAUGUACUUUAGAUUUAUACCCCCCUCAAGUAACCUACCCCCUGUGUACAAUAGCCAACACUCCUCGUCUCCCUGAACAUUGCAUUGAAUAUGUAAAAGUAGUCAUGUGGCCAAAAGAAAACCCCUUCAAUUCUCCUCUCGACGGCGAUGAUUCACAGCAUAUAGGCUGGAUCUAUGAAAAAUCGCUAGAGAGAGCGUUACAAUUUAAUAUUCCAGGCGUAACUUACCGCCUUGUACAAGGCGUUGUGAAAAAUAUAAUUCCAGCUGUAGCUUCCACCAAUGCCGUUAUUGCUGGAAUUUGCGCGACAGAAGUAUUUAAAAUUGCAACAAGUUGUUGCUUACCUUUGAACAAUUACAUGGUUUUUAAUGAUGUAGAUGGCAUUUAUACUUAUACUUAUACUGCUGAACGUAGAGAUAACUGCGUGGUUUGUUCUCAAGUACCACAAACUCUUCCUGUUGAAGAUCCAUGUAAAAUAAAACUGAAGGAUCUAAUUAAAAUGCUGUGUGAAGAUGAAAUGUAUCAAAUGAAAAAUCCUGGUUUAACAACAGUUAUUGAUGGUAAAAACAAAACGUUGUACAUUUCUACAAUCAAAAGUAUAGAAGAGAGGACCAGAGACAAUUUAAAUAAAACAUUAGUUGAGUUGGGUCUUAAAGAUGGUAUGGACAUCAUGGUUGCAGAUGCUACGUCUCCAAUGACCUUAGUUUUUACACUGAAGUUUGCAGUAAAGGAUGUUGAGAUGAAGUAAAUAAUUAUGUAGUUUCAUUAUUUAUAUUUAAUAAAUGAAAUAAAAAGU